UUCGACAGUGGUCACGUAUAUUUUAAUGUUAUUUGCAUGUGCACAACUCUUUGCUUUCUGUGUGUAGAGAUAUAUGAAUCCUGUUCUUCUUAGAAAGUUGCACCACAUGAGGACAAGGACGAGAUUUAAUAAAUUAUCCGGAAUGGAGCCAGAUAAUGCUACUGAAGAAUCUGGUGCGGAUCAGUAUCACAGAGUUCUAAUAAAUGUUUAUUUUGAGGAAGAUAUUGAUCUAAUGGCCAAGCUGAACUUUGAUGCCUAUAGGUUUUCGCUCUCGUGGCCAAGGGGGCUUUUUGUUUGCCCUGAUUGAUUUUUAAAUGGUAUGUAGAUGGAACUGGUAUUGUUAACUGGAAGGGAGCUCUGCUUAUUACAUCGGAUUGAUAGGUUACAUGCUUCAGAAAGAUGGAACUGGUAUUGUUAACUGGAAGGGAGCUCUGCUUAUUACAUCAGAUUGAUAGGUUACAUGCUUCAGAAAGGUGGUGAAGUGCUCUUCUCCAGAGAACCUUCUUCACAACAGGCAACAGCUGUAGUUGCUGUUGUAUUGAGAGCUACUGUUCCUUGGUGUUGUCGGAGGGAUUUUGGGAACCAAAUACAAUUAUCUAGUGGACAGGGUUCUCCCCAUGUAUAGCGUCAUUGAUGAGUAUGAACUCUUCCUUCAUCAAAAUCUGUAUUGGCAUAACAAUCAACUUGCACAAGGAAGUUAAUUGCUUGGCUGAUCUUAACCCUUCAAUCAAUCAUCAAUUUGGUUCUUAGUUUAUCAAUUGGCUCUGUAAAAUCGUGGUCUCUACUUGAUUUUAUGGUUUCCUCUCUGCAGAAUUUAAAGUGUAACUUUCAGGGUCAGGGGUAAGGUGAUAAGAUGGUCAAUUAUAAGUUGUCUAAUUUAAUUCGCACAUUGAAGAGAAACAAGUAAAUGUUUAUUUGGUUAUUAUACGAGACCAAUGUACUUUGUUUUCUGUA